CGGUGAGUUUUAUAGCAACUGUUGCCCAGUGAGGCAGCGCCAUAGUCACCGUAGUCCUGGCGACUGUAACCCACCAACAACAACCUCUCGCUCCAUCAUUACCACCUCCUCCACCAUCCUCAUCUUCAUCAACCAGUCCACGGCUCAGGCGCCAUGCAGACCCCUGAAGCAGGCGCUGACUCCACCUCCACUGUCCCUCUUCAGACCGCUGUGCCUGUCCAGCCAACCGGCUCCACCCAGCAGGUGCCUGUCCAGCAGCAGGCCCAGACUGUUCAACAGGUUCAGCAUGUUUACCCAGCACAGGUGCAGUAUGUUGAGGAAAACAGUGGCGUCUACACCAAUGGCAACAUAAGAACCUACUCUUACUCAGAGCCGCAGCUGUACAGCCAGAACAGUGGAGGGAGCUACUUCGACACGCAGGGCAGCUCGUCGCAAGUGUCCACCGUGGUGACAUCUCAUGGCAUGACCAACAAUGGAGGAGGGGGCACUGGAGGAAUGAGCAUGGGUCUGGCAGGGGGUCAGGUAAUCAGCAGCAGUUCGGGGGCUUACCUCAUGGACAACGCUGGACCCCACCCCGCCACCCAGACCGCACGGGCUUCCCCAGCUACUAUUGAAAUGGCGAUUGAGACGCUCCAAAAAUCUGAGGGUUUAUCCAGUCAGAGAAGCUCGCUGCUCAACAGCCAUCUCCAGUGGCUGUUGGACAAUUAUGAGACAGCAGAGGGAGUAAGUCUACCGCGAUCCACCCUCUACAAUCAUUAUCUGCGCCACUGCCAGGAGCAGAAACUGGACCCUGUAAAUGCAGCCUCUUUUGGCAAACUCAUCCGCUCCAUCUUCAUGGGACUCCGUACAAGACGCCUUGGGACGAGAGGGAACUCCAAAUAUCACUACUAUGGUAUACGCGUAAAACCAGAUUCCCCGCUCAACAGACUCCAGGAAGACAUGCAGUACAUGGCCCUCAGACAGCAGCCUGUUCAGCAGAAGCAGAGGUUUAAGCCGGUUCAGAAGUUUGACGCUGGCUCUGGGGAGAAUUACUCAGGAGGAGGCCAGAACCAUCCUGGAGCAGCAGAGCAGACGGUCAUUGCACAGAGUCAGCACCACCAGCAGUUCCUAGAUGCAUCACGGGCACUCCCUGACUUUGUAGAGCUGGACCUGGGACAGAGCAAUACAGAGAACAUCAGUGCAGAGGAUGUGAAAGCUCUCCAGUCCCUUUACAGAGAGCACUGUGAGGCUAUCCUGGAUGUGGUCGUCAACCUCCAGUUCAGUCUAAUUGAGAAGCUGUGGCAGACAUUCUGGCGUUAUUCUCCCCCCGACACUGUAGAGGGUGCCACUGUAACAGAAAACAGCAGCGUAAGUGAGAUCGAAGCACGCCUCCCCCGGUCGCAGCUAUUGGUACUGUGCAGAAACGAGGCUGUCCUCAAGUGGAUGAGCACCUGUGACCAUUUAAUGUACCAGGCCCUUGUGGAGAUCCUUAUUCCUGAUGUCCUGAGACCCAUUCCCAGUGCCUUGACUCAAGCCAUUCGCAAUUUUGCCAAAAGCCUGGAAGGUUGGCUCAAUAAUGCCAUGAAUGCCAUUCCACAGAGAAUGAUCCAGACCAAGAUUGCCGCUGUUAGUGCCUUUGCGCAAACAUUGCGCAGAUAUACAUCUCUGAACCACCUGGCUCAGGCGGCACGCGCCGUGUUGCAAAAUACAUCACAGAUCAACCAGAUGCUGAGCGAUCUCAACCGCGUUGACUUUGCCAAUGUACAGGAGCAGGCAUCGUGGGUGUGCCAGUGUGAAGAGGGAGUUGUUCAGCACUUGGAGCAGGACUUCAAGGCCACAUUACAGCAGCAGAGCUCUCUGGAGCAGUGGGCAGCCUGGCUGGAUAACGUGGUCACUCAGGUGCUCAAGCCCUACGAGCACCGGCCCAGCUUCCCCAGGGCGGCUCGACAGUUCCUGCUUAAGUGGUCCUUCUACAGUUCUAUGGUGAUCAGGGACCUGACCCUGCGCAGUGCUGCCAGCUUUGGUUCCUUCCACCUGAUUCGCCUGCUGUACGAUGAGUACAUGUUUUACCUGGUGGAACAUCGGGUGGCUCAAGCUACUGGAGAGACACCCAUCGGUGUCAUGGGGGAGUUUGACAGCCUCAACACCUUGUCCCUUACCAACAUUGAUAAAGAUGAAACAAGCGGGAUGGACAGCGACUUAGAGGACGACACGGAGGAGUCCGGGGAACCGCUGGCCAAGCGGGAGAAGUCAGAGCAUGAGGUAAUCCAGGUGAUCCAGGUCGGGGCGCUAGAGGACGGUUCCCACCCCGUGGUGGGCGUCGUCCAGCCGGGCGUGCUCCACUCGCUGCCCCAGCCCCCGCAGGACCACACCGAACACAUCCUAACCCCCUCCGCCGGCACUCCCACCAUCCGCCACUGCAGCACCACAGGAAACACCUAUGCGUCCGUUUGAAGGUCUGAGGGCACGGCAGAUCUUGUCUGGCCUAGCUUUGCUGUCUCACACAUAUCUUUCUCUCUGUAAGUCUUGAUGUUUGCGUCUUUUUCCAUGCGUCGUCUCUGUUUGCACUUGUGCGGACGUGCUCUCCUCUCCGUGGAGACGGGGUGAAAAAUGAUGACACUCUGGCUAAGAUGUGCUGUCCCUGUCUGACUGCUUAGAUUCUGGAUGUGUUGUCAUCCCGUACACGUGUGCUCUAACACAAUGCAGCAGCCGGUGGAAGAGACCUGGAAGGAAAAAGACUAAUUCGACCCGUUACACGUUUCCCCCGUUUAGGCACGACUUAACGCCUCCGUCUCUGUGUACGGAUGGAUUUUAUCCUGAAGGAAAAUUACUUCAAACUACUGAUGUCUCAGAGCUCAAAUCCAUGUCACUAGUCCCAGUGGAGUAAAGGCAAUGAUCAAGAACUUCACUCACUGUACAUAGUUUUGCUGUACUUUCAAUUGGUAUUACCCAAAAGUCAUGGUGCUAUCAGUGUGUUUUCUAUUAAUUUUCUAGCCAUCACUCCUAAUUUUAGUACGAUUCAUGUCUACAUGCAUCCCAACCGCUUUUAGUUAGAGAAAAUAUUUUUGAGUAAUGUAUGUAGCUGAAAGGGACAACUUUCUAUUUCUAUUUAAAUAAGGAUCACGGGGCAGUUUUAUCUGUUCCGUUUGAAAACGAUUUAGUAGCCGCCCGCCAAUAACCACUUAUAGCUUUCAGCCACAGAAAAAAGACACCCUUAAAGAAAUGUCUGUGCUGCUACUCGUGUAUAUAAAUGAGAUUGAGAAGAAAGGCUGUUUUAAAAAGGAGAAAGAAAAAAAAGGAAAAAAAAAGAAAAGGACUCUUUCUCGACGCUAGCUUUUCUAUGCACCCCGUGCAUGUCGCUUGCCUUUGUUCAUUUUAGAUGCUCUGUAGUGCGGUUUAUGUAACGAGCUGGAAUCUUGAAAACAAGUCACUGGACACGUCCCCGUCCCCCCCCGGUUUUGCAGUUUACGUCUUAAGGAAAAAAUUUCUUAAAGUUCGCAGUGGACCAAAAAAACAAACAAAAAACAGACAAACAAACAAACAGAAAAAAAAAAAAAGAAACCGAACCAACUAGAGGAAGCUGAGAGUGAGCCGUCUGCGCCACACCAAAACGCCGUUUCCUGUCCCCACAGUGCCAUGUCGCAGAGCAGAAGGAAUGUCAGGGAUUUAAUGUACCUCGGCUUUAUCAUAGUGCCUUAUCCUUAAAAAUGCAGCUGUCCGUGUAGUCCCGACUGUGUGCUGUAGAGAGCCCACGGCCCCUCUCUGCAUUGUCCCGGGCCGCAGGCUUGGCUUUCUGGUGACUCGUGGCUGGAUUUGGGCGGGCUCAUCAGUGUUGAGGCCGAGCGACGCAGGCACAGACGCACCUGUUGUUUCCUCUGGAUCGGCUCCUGCGGGGGCUCGUUUGUCUGAAUCGCGGUCUUUAGCCUUGCUCCUGCCCUCGCUCUGCCCUCUCGAGGCCUAUUCUCGCAUUAGCCUUUUGUUAUCGAGUGAAGCGUGCGUGCGCGAGAACAUGGAUGCGUAGGUCCUAGAUGUGUUUUUAUGUGCAUGUGUACAUAUGCCUGUGCGUCUGCGUGGUGUUCGUGUGUGUGUGUGUGUGUGUGUGUGUGUGUGUGUGUGUGUGCGUGUGUGUGUGUGUGUGUGUGUUGGAACACAUCCAUCAGUCACCCUACCUCAAACCAGUGGUGCCAGCCCUUUGACGCGUGCAGCACAGUCACCAAACCUUAUUGCACACACACCACUGUACUGCACAAAUCUCAACGCGAUAGAGAAAAUCUGCAUUGCUUUUCUCUCACCUCUGAUACGUUUUCAUUUCCGUUUUUAGACCAUAAAAUGCUUCAUCCUUUGUUCCCUGUUUAAAGGUCAUCUUUGUACAGUGGACCAAAAGUAGAUAUUUUCUGAUAUUCAAAGAGAUAUAUAGAUAUAUAUAUGUAUAGUAUAUAUAAUGACGAUACACUACGUAUAUUUGUUGGCUUUUUAUGUGGUUGAUCUGAUUGUUUGUUUAUACGUGAAUGUUUCUUUCGGUAGCGCAUCUGUAAUUACUUCAUAGACUGUGAAAUGGGAAAGGCAUGGGGGACGGACUUCUGAUUCAUUAGACUACAUCUAUACUUGAACUGUUAUAGCCUUCUGUGUCGUGGACAAUAUUGAGAUUAAUCCUCUGAACAGGAACAUCUGGUCACUAAAAUCACUCGGUUCUUACUUUGUCAUGCCUGUUGAAACGGUCUGCACGACUUCUCUGCAGAAAUGUUUAUUUAUUCAUAUUUAUUGUGGUGUUUCGUUUUUUUUUGUUUUGUUUCGUUUUGAAUGCUUAUGUUGUAAUGAGGAUAAAUCACAAAGAGCAGAGCUACUGUACAGACACACAGACGGACCGGACGUUUUCUUUUUUCUUUAUGAGUCAUAUGUGUGGAUUUAUUUAAAAAGCGGGGGGAAAAAAAGACAAAAAAAGGUGUCAGCGCCGUCUUUGCUGUCAUCGCAGCCCUUAAAAGUUCUGGAUACGACCAGUCGGUCUCUGCUAGCUUUUUGUGUUUCACUUGAGUUCCCCUCUGAACGGUGAUUGAUGGUGAAUAAGUGCAAACACUUUGUGUCAUUUAUUCUCCUGGGUCAGUGGACUCCUGGAUUUUUUUUUUUUCCCUGUAUUGUUUCCCAUGACACAUCAGAAAACCUACACGUUAUACUCUAGCCUUACUGUGGUCUCGCUGGCGUGAGGCGUGAGCAGUUCCAGCAACUGAGCGCUCACAAAUCUGACUUUCUAAAUGACACCGAUUAAGGACAGUUUGCAAGAGAAAGGCAAACAAACUCUGGCUUUUUAUUUUUUAUUUAUUUAUUUUUGUUUGUUAUGUGACCGUAAUGAACUCGAAUGCUCCGUGACUCUUGGAAUUAAACUCAAAUGCAAGUUCAAGAGCACAGAAAUUAAUGAAAAUUGGAAUGAAAACAAAAAAAAACUUUGUUCACGUAGCUGCAAAGAAAAAAAAAAAAAAGUACCCCAAUUCAAACACUGUAAAAAGUGACGGGGUACCCGCUGUAAGAAGCUGGGUGUACUGUUAGGAAUGAAGUUUCGCAGGAUUCAUUUACUACUGUAUUUUCUCUUAAAGGAUAAAGGAUCUUUAAAAAUGAAUUUCAGCUUCCUUCCAUUUAUAUAUAUCUAUCGACUUUAACACUGUAGAUGGUACCUUGUGUUACUUUUUUUUUUUGUUGUGUGCCUGAAUUGAAAAUGGCUUAAAAUAUGUUUUCUUCAAAUCUCAAUUGUGUGCUUUAGCAUCAUCAAGUGCUUUCUGGUCUGUUAGAAACCCGUUUUUGUCACUUUUCCUUCUGUUUGUUAUUUAACCAGACAGUGCCAGACAAUGAUUUAGCUUUCCGCAUCUCAAAAUCUUAAAGGCCGCCUGGUUAACACUGGAAGGGCGUCAAUGCUGCCAACACAGUUGUACUUUAUUUAUCUACUGUCUCUGAAAAUGUAAGAUUUUUUUUUUUUUGUAUCAGCUGUUUGCAAAUGAGCCCAUUUUCCAACCAUUAAAAGAACGAACAUAUAAGCUAUUCCUCGACUUGUCAUAGGAGUGAAAGCUGAGAAAUGCCUCAUGACCUGGACGACACGGCAGCUUCACUGACCCAUAGCAGACUCCGGUGCCUUUAAUUUCUCCCCGGCCAGAGCAGAUGGCCUGGGUGACUAUUGGGUCUCUGGUGGGCUACAGAUAGAGGCUUCACAGGUGCUGCCACUGAGAAGACACCAGGGCUGAGGAAGGAUAAAGACCCGUCCUCAAGUACUGGACUACUGAUUAUUUACUGGAUGUGACACCGCAGACACACACACACACACACACACACACACUUAGUAAGUUAUACGUGGUAGAUUACCUGCAAACAACUUUUUAAUUGUAUAGAACUGGUCAGUGAACCAGGAGAGUUACUGUAAGUAAAAUGCUCUGAAUCGUUUUUCUCAUGAUCGUGAUUUUCUUUUGUCAAAUGAUAUUUUCUGAAUGCUGUGACCUGUUAGAGAUUUGUAUUAUUAUUAUUGUUUUUUUUUCCUUUAUUUUUUUUUUUUUUGUUUUCUUUUCUUGUCCAAGUGCCAUUUGACAGUCUAGUGAGUCGUGGCCAUCUGUAGCACGCUCUAAUGCAAGCACAAGCAUUUGGCAGUGGCAUUUGGGGGAAUGUUUUUAUUCUUGAUUCACCCUAGACAAAAAUGUGUAUAUAUCAAAAGCUUAAAAAAAAAAAAAGAUAUAUUUAUUUGUGUCCUAAUUAUUUGGUUUGUUCUUUUUGGUGAACAUUUUAUCGGAUAUGUUGGCUAAAGUGCUUUUGUGAUUUUUAUUUUCUUUCCUUCUUUUUUUGUUGGAUAAUGUAUAGUUAUAAUAUAUACACACAAACUCCAUGUGACUUUCUUUUUGUGUGCCGUUAAGUUUUUCUUCAUAUAAUGUAUAUUCUCGAAUUGGCAAGCAAACCAAUGUGUGUAGGGUGAUUUGUAUCGUGUAUUUUACAACAAAAAAUGAGGACAAUUGGGGGACUUUUAUAUUUACAAAGACAUUAUCAUUUAGUGUGUCGUAUUGAUGAUUAUAGAAACUAUUAAAGACACAUGUAGUUUCGUUUUCUGAAUAUUUCAGAUCUCAGCUCAGGCUAGCUUCUUAGUGUUGUUUUCUUAAAAUUUGUGACUUGUCUUUGCAGUAAUAAACGUUUUCUUGUUCAAA